AUGCCGGGGGGCAAGAGAGGGCUGGUGGCACCGCAGAACACAUUUUUGGAGAACAUCGUCAGGCGCUCCAGCGAAUCGAGUUUCUUACUGGGAAAUGCCCAGAUUGUGGAUUGGCCUGUAGUUUAUAGUAAUGACGGUUUUUGCAAACUCUCUGGGUAUCAUCGAGCUGACGUCAUGCAGAAAAGCAGCACUUGCAGUUUCAUGUACGGGGAAUUGACUGACAAGAAGACCAUUGAGAAAGUCAGGCAAACGUUUGACAACUACGAGUCAAACUGCUUUGAAGUUCUUCUGUACAAGAAAAACAGAACCCCUGUUUGGUUUUAUAUGCAAAUUGCACCAAUAAGAAAUGAACAUGAAAAGGUGGUCUUGUUCCUAUGCACUUUCAAGGAUAUUACGUUGUUCAAACAGCCAAUAGAGGAUGAUUCAACAAAAGGUUGGACAAAAUUUGCCCGAUUGACACGGGCUUUGACAAAUAGCCGAAGUGUUUUGCAGCAGCUCACGCCAAUGAAUAAAACAGAGGUGGUCCACAAACAUUCGAGAUUAGCUGAAGUUCUUCAGCUGGGAUCAGACAUCCUUCCUCAGUAUAAGCAAGAAGCGCCAAAGACGCCACCACACAUCAUUUUACACUAUUGUGCUUUUAAAACUACCUGGGAUUGGGUGAUUUUAAUUCUUACCUUCUACACCGCCAUUAUGGUUCCUUAUAAUGUUUCCUUCAAAACGAAGCAGAACAACAUAGCCUGGCUGGUGCUGGACAGUGUGGUGGACGUUAUUUUUCUGGUUGACAUUGUUUUAAAUUUUCACACGACCUUUGUGGGACCUGGUGGAGAAGUCAUUUCUGACCCCAAGCUGAUAAGGAUGAACUAUCUGAAAACUUGGUUUGUGAUUGAUCUGUUGUCUUGUUUACCUUAUGACAUCAUCAAUGCCUUUGAAAAUGUGGAUGAGGGAAUCAGCAGUCUCUUCAGUUCUUUAAAAGUGGUGCGUCUCUUGCGACUGGGCCGUGUUGCUAGGAAAUUGGACCAUUACCUAGAGUAUGGAGCAGCAGUCCUCGUGCUUCUGGUGUGUGUGUUUGGACUAGUUGCCCAUUGGCUGGCCUGCAUAUGGUACAGCAUUGGGGACUACGAGGUCAUCGAUGAAGUCACGAACACCAUCCAAAUAGACAGUUGGCUCUACCAGCUGGCCUUGAGCAUUGGGACACCGUAUCGAUACAAUACCAGUGCAGGGAUAUGGGAAGGAGGACCUAGCAAGGAUUCGCUGUAUGUGUCCUCUCUCUACUUUACCAUGACAAGCCUUACAACCAUAGGAUUUGGAAAUAUAGCUCCUACCACAGAUGUGGAGAAGAUGUUUUCGGUGGCCAUGAUGAUGGUUGGCUCUCUUCUUUAUGCGACUAUUUUUGGAAAUGUUACCACAAUUUUCCAGCAAAUGUAUGCCAACACCAACAGAUACCAUGAGAUGCUGAAUAAUGUGCGGGACUUUCUGAAACUCUAUCAGGUCCCCAAAGGCCUUAGUGAACGAGUCAUGGAUUAUAUUGUCUCAACAUGGUCCAUGUCGAAAGGCAUUGACACAGAGAAGGUCCUCUCCAUCUGUCCCAAGGACAUGAGAGCUGAUAUCUGUGUUCAUCUAAACCGGAAGGUUUUUAAUGAACAUCCUGCUUUUCGAUUGGCCAGCGAUGGGUGUCUGCGCGCCUUGGCGGUAGAGUUCCAAACUAUUCACUGUGCUCCCGGGGACCUCAUUUACCAUGCUGGAGAAAGUGUGGAUGCCCUCUGCUUUGUGGUAUCAGGAUCCUUGGAAGUCAUCCAGGAUGAUGAGGUGGUGGCUAUUUUAGGGAAAGGUGAUGUAUUUGGAGAUAUCUUCUGGAAGGAAACCACCCUUGCUCACGCGUGUGCCAACGUCCGAGCCCUGACAUACUGUGACCUCCACAUCAUCAAGCGAGAAGCCUUGCUCAAAGUCCUGGACUUUUACACGGCUUUUGCAAACUCUUUCUCAAGGAAUCUCACUCUUACCUGCAAUCUAAGGAAACGGAUCAUUUUCCGUAAAAUCAGUGAUGUGAAGAAGGAGGAGGAGGAACGUCUCAGGCAGAAGAAUGAGGUCACUCUCAGCAUCCCCGUGGACCAUCCGGUCAGAAAGCUCUUCCAGAAGUUCAAACAGCAGAAGGAACUACGGAAUCAGGGGUCAACACAGAGUGACCCCGAGCGGAACCAGCUCCAGGUGGAAAGCCGCUCCUUACAGAAUGGAGCCUCCAUCACGGGCACCAGUGUGGUCACCGUGUCACAGAUCACACCUAUUCAGACAUCUCUGGCCUACGUGAAAACCAGUGAGUCCCUCAAGCAAAACAACCGUGAUGCCAUGGAACUCAAGCCCAAUGGCGGUGCUGAUCCCAAAUGUCUCAAAGUGAACAGCCCCAUCAGAAUGAAGAAUGGAAAUGGGAAGGGGUGGCUGCAACUCAAGAAUACUAUGGGAGCCCCUGAGGAGAAGAAGGAAGACUGGAAUAAUGUCACUAAAGCCGAGUCGAUGGGGCUACUGUCAGAGGACCCCAAGGGCAGCGAUUCUGAGAACAGUGUGACCAAAAACCCAUUAAGGAAAACAGAUUCUUGUGACAGUGGGAUUACAAAAAGUGACCUUCGUUUGGAUAAGGCUGGGGAGGCGCGAAGUCCGUUGGAGCACAGCCCCAUUCAGGCUGAUGCCAAGCACCCCUUUUAUCCCAUCCCCGAGCAGGCCUUACAGACCACACUGCAGGAGGUCAAACAUGAACUCAAAGAGGACAUCCAGCUGCUGAGCUGCAGAAUGACUGCCCUGGAGAAGCAGGUGGCAGAAAUUUUAAAAAUACUCUCAGAAAAAAGCACGCCCCAGACCUCUUCUCCCAAAUCCCAAAUGCCGCUCCCAGUACCUCCCCAAAUACCAUGUCAGGAUAUUUUUAGUGUUUCGAGGCCUGAGUCACCUGAAUCUGACAAAGAGGAAAUCCACUUUUAA